AUGUCGACACCUCCCGCCGCCCAGGGUGGAUUUUCGCUCCCCUCUCCCGCACCGUCAUCCGCACUCUCGACAGCCACUGUCUCCUACCCACUGCCACAGCAAAGACUACAUCCUCUUAAACCCGGUUCCAACAAGGAGUUGGCGGUAAUCAGUUAUGUGGACAGCCAUAUCUUAAAAAUAAACCGGCGGCAUGCCAAAAAGUUCAGCGGGUCGUUUGCGGGGGAGAAGGACGAGGACAAGGGCUACGAGAGGUUCAGAGAAGUGGCAAAGGACAUUGAAGCUGCCAUCGAUGUAUUAUGGGUUUGCGGGACUCGUGAGCUCUCCCGUGAUUGA